ACUUUAUUUAAGAUAAAGGAACAAAGCAAAUAACAAAUAAAGUCAACAUUUCAAUUUGAAAAAUUAUUUAAAUGAAAGCUUGUUUUGAUAAUACUCAAUCUUGGUAGAAAUCGUCAUUGGUGACUUCAGAGCUUCGAUUCACGCGAUUAACUUUGACCAUUAGGGCAAAUGAAGGAGAAGAACGUCGUCUCCUGUACGAUGUCGUCACCGAUAACUCAGAGAACGAGGAAUCGGUCGGGGUGGGGCUUUGUUCAUGGAAUCGUGGACGUGCGUAACCCGUUCGUUCGCUCGGUUCUUCAGUGAGAAAGCGCGCGUGGAAUGCUUUAGUCGUGUAGUAUCGUAUAUUCGUUCCGACGAGUGUUUUCAUGUGAAUGAGGUUGCCUAUAUAAGUGCUUCUUUACAAAAAUAUGAAACGACAGGAGAAAGAGAAAGAGAGAGUAUAGAGUAAAUAAAUAAGAAGGUGCACAGUGUGAUAAUAAAUAGAGAAGAUGAAAAUGGUACAAGUUCCAAGAUCAAUCGUGUUACUCGUUGUCCUCGUACUGCAUCGAGCAAGAUCAACAGAGGAUGACAUAACUACGAUAAUGGAAGCUGACGAUCUUCUUAUAAACGAAAACGACCCUUUAGAGAUUAAGUGCACCGGCCACGAAAGGAUUUCUUUCAUUUAUCCUCAAGACUUAAGAAAUGCGAUCGUCACUUCGCCAGUGCAUGCACAAGAACACAUCGAGCACGGAAUUUAUAUGUACGUAUUCCAGCGACGUGAAACUGUUCAUGGAGAUACAGGGUUAUAUGGUUGUCCUGGAAAUACUUUACAAGUUACCUCACAUCCUAACUUUAAAACAUCUAAAAGCAUGAUAUAUGUUUACGUUCAGUCUACUACAAAUGUGUUCGUAGAAGCGAAUACCUUUGCUUCACUACAUGCAGCAGUCGGUGGGUCCGCCGUGAUACCAUGCAGACCAACGUCACCUAAUUUCACAGUCCAAGUCUUCUUAAACGAGAUGCCCGUGGAGCAAACAAAUUUCAAUCCGAGAAUUGGUCUCACAUUGACAAAUAUCACGUUAAAAGACAGUGGAUACUUCAAAUGCGUAAUAGACCAAACAGAUGUGGCUCAUGAAAUCACAUAUUUCUUCUUAGUGCAGCUUAAGCCAGAAUUGCUUGCUCCAGUAAUUAUAGAAGACACUUUGCGUCACGUAACACGAGGACAAACUCUACAUGUAAAUUGCACGACAACUGUUGCAGCAGAUUUGACUUAUGGUUUAAUUUGGAGUACACCACAAGUGAGCAGCAGGAUAAAUACUACUAGUUAUACUAAAAAAUCUGGUCCAGUUGCACACACAACCACCGAAUUGAUCAUAAAAGAUGUUAGGGAUGAGGACGAAGGGUGGUAUGAAUGCAUCAUCAAAUCCUUUUAUGACUUUAACAAAACGAGAAAGUACAUCAAGGUUCAUGAUCCAGAAAACAAGUUUAUCAACCUAACAGCGCAGGAUGCGAACAGACAUUAUCAACGUCGAGAAGGUGAUAGUGUACAAUGGGUUGUACACGUGCAUGCCUAUCCAGAACCUAUUCUUAAAUGGUUAAAUACAAAAGGAGAAGAGAUCAUAGGAGCUUCGCAUGACUCAGAUAGACCGAAGUACGUAAUAAAAUUGACACCUAACCAUACAAUUCUGAAGAUUAACCAUUUAAAUAUCGAAGAUAUGGGAGAAUAUUCUCUUCAGGCUGUCAACCAAGAUAAAUUCGAAAUGAUGAAUUUUACGCUCGAUGUAAUAGUGAAACCAGUCCCAAUGUUGAAGGUAGAGCCUUAUUAUGCUCCUAAUCAGACGGUAGAAAUUUCCUGUGAUGUGGCAACCUAUCCAGCACCAAACAUUACGUGGAGUUACAUGAGAUGUCCUUAUUAUCCUUCUUAUGAAGACGCGAGCACCAUAGAAUUACAAAAUAAAACGGAAAGCGGAAUGAAUACCAGGUUUCGCUCAACUGUGAGGGUGACUAUUGAAAUGAGCGGCCAUCUUACUUGCACCGCGUGUAAUCUUAUUGGAUGCGAGUCUCAAGUUGAAACUAUAUUGGUUUCCGAUGGAAGGGGUGGUUUCGGCAUAAUAAAUACGACAGAUCCAGUGGUUGAAGGUGACGAUCUGGAACUGAUUUGUGCAGCUUCUAUUUACAAUUACACGGAUAAUUUCGAAUGGAAAUACUCGGAUGACAGUCCCAUCGAGCCAAAUAUUAAGACAACGAUCAGACGAGCCAAAACUCGAUUUACUUAUCGUUCCAUUUUGAAGAUAAAAAAUGUGACAAAAGAUGACUCAAUGAUGUAUACAUGUCAUAAUAAAGAGGAAAUGGAUUACUUUCUUCAAGUACACGAUGCAGUAUCACCUUACAUAAUAGAAACUAAUUUGAAUGAAACUGGAAUUAUAGUUGAUGUUAGCAACCAAGGUCACAACGAAUUAGUACUGCAUUGUUUUGUAGGUGGAAUGCCUAAACCAUUAGUCACUUGGUAUAGAGACGAUGUACCAUUAAAAAUAAGCGAGCAAUUCAUGUACAUCCGUGACCACCAAGAGUUGCAUAUUAAUUAUCUUCAGGAUAAUGACAGUGGAGUGUACGCGUGUAAAGCAAAGAGUCGAUUGGGAUUAGUUCAGUCCACCAUAACAAUAACAGUGAAAGGGAAAGAACUUCCUAUGGGGUUGAUCGUGCUUAUCGUUGUUUUAUUGAUCACAGUGGUGAUUCUGUUAACCUACUUUACAAUCAAAAUUCGUCGUGAAAGGAUCAUGAGAAAGGAAUUAAUGGAAUCAGGAUUGAUGCAUUUCGAAGAAGGAGCAGUAGAAUGUUUAAAUCCAGAGUUAACAGUAGAUGAUCAAGCAGAAUUGCUUCCUUACGACAGGAAAUGGGAAUUUCCUCGAGAAAAAUUGAAAUUAGGGAAACAAUUAGGAAGCGGGGCUUUUGGCGUUGUUAUGAAAGCGGAAGCAGAAGGAAUUUGCGAAAACGAACCGAUAACGACUGUGGCUGUAAAAAUGGUUCGGCGAACAACAGUUCCAACUUGUGUUCGUGCGCUUGCCAGUGAGUUGAAAAUCAUGGUGCACCUUGGAAAGCACUUGAACGUCGUUAAUCUUCUCGGUGCUUGCACGAAAAACAUUUCUAAACGUGAAUUAUUAGUGAUCGUAGAAUAUUGCCGAUUUGGAAAUUUGCACAAUUAUUUGCUGCGGCACAGGGCUGAUUUCAUCAACCAAAUUGAUCCUGCAACAGACAAAUUCGAUCCUACUAUCGGUUUAGAUCUUUUAACUAGAUCUGUUAGUGUUAGCAGCAACAACAGGAUAAAAUACGUGGCAUUGUCAUUUUCUCGCAGUCGUAGCGAAGAUUCAGCCACCGAAUCGGCAACAUAUCAAACCUCUACUACAGAUUCUCAAGGAAUUAGUAUGUCGCCAGAUGGCUGUGUUCUUAGUAAUAAUUCCUCUCAACCAGGAUGGAGAUCUAAUUAUCGCGGUGAUUACAAAGAUCACAAUUUGAAGCCAAUCUGCACGCAGGAUUUGUUAUCCUGGGCGUUCCAAGUAGCGCGAGGAAUGGAAUAUCUUAGCCAAAGAAAGGUGUUACACGGUGAUUUGGCCGCGAGAAAUAUCUUAUUAGCCGAAAACAACGUAGUGAAAAUCUGUGAUUUUGGCCUAGCAAAAACUAUGUACAAGGAUAAUAAUUAUAAAAAGAAAGGAGGAGGAUUGUUACCUAUAAAAUGGAUGGCCAUUGAAUCGAUUAGAGAUCGAAUUUUCUCAACGCAAUCGGAUAUCUGGUCCUUUGGUAUAGUUCUAUGGGAGUUCUUUACAUUGGCUAAGACACCUUAUCCUGGAAUGGAAGCUGAGAAACAAUAUCAGAAACUGAUUGAGGGAUACAGACUGGAACAACCGGAAUAUGCUACUUCUGAAAUAUAUGACAUAAUGCUGAAAUGUUGGAAAGCCAAGCCUACCCUACGUCCGAGUUUCACAGAAUUGGUACAGGGUAUUGGCGAAUUAUUAGAAGAAAGCGUAAAAGCGCAUUACAUCAGUCUAAACGAUCCUUACAUGGACAUGAAUACGACGCUACUGGAAGGUGGUCGGAGCGACUAUCUAACUAUGCUCUCCGCACCUGAUCACGCAGCACUCUCUUCUCCCAUCCACGAUUAUUCAAACUUGCCCGCUUCAAACACAACGUACCUGUGCAUGAGUCCCACUAGCCAGAGUGGGUACGAUUCAGAAAUAUUCAGUCCUAGACCUAAUCAAGAGAGAACGCACUUCAAAUUUCCGAUCAUUUCCGAUUCAGAAGACGCUGUAGAAUUGUCACCAAUGUUAAAGAAACCAGAAGAAGAGGAUCCUUAUAUGCAACCAAUUAACGUACACGCGCGGCGAGCGGAGUUCGUCCGACAGCAAGAGACAAUGAAGAAUCAACCAAUAGAUCAUCAGCCCAUCAAUAGGGAUUUCGCAUAUUGUAAUACUCCACGAAAUGUUCAGUUGAUAGAUUUAAACGAGAAAAAUGAAAAGAAUGAGAAGGAUUCUGACGACAUUGACAUAUUAAAUACUGGAAAUACGUUAUCAAAGAAGGAUUUUAUACCAGCCAUCAUUAGGACACAGGGCAAUUACGUAAACAUGCCGAAGCAGAAGAAUGACUUAAGGUUAGACAUGCCAGCCAGUUUUAGCAAUCCUAGUUACGUGGUGAUGGCUAAUUGCGAAAAAGAUCAGAUGAAAGUCUGAACCUGUGCAUGAACAAAAUUUGACAAUUGUUCUAUAAUGAUGAUUAACUGAAGGGAAUGUCUAUUUCAGGCGGGCUUUCAUGGAUAGACAUGUGGAUAUGGAUAUGGUAAAUGGAGAAAAAUGAACAAUAAUACAUCUUUUUACUGUCUCCUACCGAUAGGAUCUGAUACACUUUGAAGUAAUUAGAAUCUGUAUACAGUGGCUACAAAAAGUAUUUAUACACUACUGUACAUAUUUAUUAGUUUAUUAAUUAGUUAGGCCCAAGUAUAUAAAAUUUUGUGUCAUUUAAUAGUACAUAUGCACUUUUAUAUGAUUGUAAAAAUUUAAUAAGGACUUGAUUUAAAAAAUGCUUUGUUGGGUAUGUAAGGGUAUGUGCAAAUACUUUUUUUGUAGCCAAUAAAUGUGACAAGAAAAUUGAAUCACUUUGAACAUGAUUUAAAUCUCAAACUGUGUCCUUGUUGAAACAACAAAGAGAAGUUCUAUUGCCUGUUGUUGCUGCAUGUUUCAAACAGUAUUCAAUAAAUAUCAACUUGUAGAAACAUUUUGUGUACACUAAAGCAACAUAAUUAGAGAAGUAUAUAAGUUUUAGUUUCAAAGUAAAAUUUACUUCCAGUUGUCCACAUACAAAUAUGUCAUAAAACAAUUGAAAAAGUGUAUAUACUAAAUUUUUUUUUUUAUUUUAUUUUUGGUUAUUUUACAAUUUGUCCUUAUGGACAUUUGGUAAAGUGUUAUAUCUUGUUGGUGAAGAAAAAAAAAAUAAAAAAUAAAUAUAGCAUGUGGGCGGCUACCCCCAGCGGGGUGCCAGCUUCGUUUUUUCUAAGUUAUAUCUUUUAUGAGGUCUAUUGGGUGUUUCCUUUUUAGUCUUCUUGCGAUAUUUGUUGUGUUGCACGUUUCAGCUGCCAGCUGGUUCGGGUGUGUUUCUAUUCUUACUCUGUAUCUUGUUGCGAAUCUGAUAAUCUCUUCCUUGACCGUUUGGUAUUCACAGGUCUUUCCGUAUGUCCUCGUUUCUAACGUACCACGGGGCGCUUACCAUUGUUCUAAGGAUUUUGACUUGGAUUGUUUCUAUUUUGUUUAUAUGGCUCAUUGCUGCUGUUCCCCAUAGUGGAAUUCCGUAUGUCCAGAUUGGCUUUAUGAUUAUUUUGUAUAUUUUCAGUUUGUUUUCUGUGCUUAGUUUGGAUUUUCGGCUUGUUAGCCAGUGCAUUUGUCUCCUUGCUAUCUGUAUCUUGUCUAUUAUUGAUUUGAUGUGCUGUUUCCAUGUGAAGCGUGUAUCUAUGUGAAGUCCAAGGUAUUUGACUUGCCUUGUUUGUGUUAUUUGCGUGCCGUUCAGGAAGAUGUUUGGUGUUAUCUGUUUUCUCAAUGUAAAUGUAAUGUGGUUGCAUUUGUCAGGGUUAGCUUUGAUUUGUUUGUCUUGUAGCCACUUUUCUAUUUUUGUGAUGUGCUCUUGUAGUAUUGUGGCUCCUGUUACAGGGUUAGUGUGCCUGACUAGCACGGUGUAUAUACUAAAUGAACACUUCUUUCUGUUGUAAAGUGCUGCUGUAUAUUGCUUAUCUCUUCUCUUUUUUUUAAUUUUACCAUUUCAGACAACAACAGACAAUAAGCAGUAACUUUUGUUACUGGCAACUGUUACUACAUAAAAGAUAUAACCUAGCAAACACGAAUAUGGCACCCCGCUGGGGGUAGCCACCCACAUGCUAUAUUUAUUUUUAUUUUAUUUUUUUUUUACCAAUAAGACAUAACACUUUACCAAAUGUCCUUCAGAACAAAUUGUAAAAAACCAAAAUAAACUAAAAAAAAAAAAAAAGAAAAAAACUGUUACUGGGCAGUAAACAUAUUCAUUUAGGAAUAUGUUCACAUAUUCAUAGGAGUUUUGAAAAGUAUUGGUUAAAGUGUUAAAGCAAUUGCUUAGUAAGCGAAUAAACAAGGUUCAGAACAGUGAGCAACAACAAUUGCUCAAGUUGCUUCAGUUUUAAUCAGUCUUGUUUGAAGGCCUUGGAAAUUUUGGUAGCAUAUGAAAGCCAAUCUUAAGGAUAUCUACUGAUAAACCUACUAGUUUACAGACCUUGAGAAAUAUUCUGUUGAAUAUUUUAAGCACUUUCAUUUACUGUUGCCUAAGUGGUACAUUGACAUAAGGUAUUAACUCAUUAUGGGCCAAUAUUGCAUUAAAUUAAAUUAAUGCAUAAUAUUAAAGGACCAUUAAAGAUUGUUUAAUUAGUUUACAUCAUUGAAUUCUUCUUAUUAAUUGUGGCAAAGAGAAUACAAACGGCUUGUUUAAUAUUCUUUUGCUACUACUUCUUCACAAAGUAGAAUCCAUAGUUUUAUGGAAUUUAAAGAAUUAAGAUUGAAAAUUCAGGACUUAUCAAUAUUUAUCAGAAUUUUAAGCUUUGGAUUGUGUUUAAAAUGAUUUGAAUCUUCAUAGUUUUAAAAAACUUUGAAUAGUUUCAAAGUUGAGAAUCAAAUAACCAUCACUACUGUUUGCUAUUAACGUGCAUGAGGGUGAGCUCUUUCUUACGUGUGCAUGAGCGUGUAUAUGUGAUUAAACAAGAUGAUUGAUUUAAAUAUCACUUUUUGCAUUUGUGCAUGUUGUUCCAUCUUUAAUGUGCCAUGACGAAAAUCAUUUAAAAUGAUUUGACGAACGAGAUAAAGAACAUAUGUAUGUUAUAUAAUAUAUAUGAUUGAUCUUUUUAACUUUGAAUACUCAUAACUUUUUAGCUUUUGAAUACUCAUGAAAAAUUUCAUUAAUAUGAGCAAUACUGCAUGAUAACCUUUCGGAAAAGAGACAUAUUUGACAAAAAUGACAGAAAAUAAAAUUGUGAAGAAUUAAAGAUACAUAAUUAUUCGUUUUUCAAAAUUAAACAUUCUAAUGUUAUUAUCUGAUACAGGAAUAUAUAAAUAAAAUACUUUAAUUUUUUAUGUUAAUUUUAAGGCUAGUUGAGGUAAUAAAACAAAAAAAGAAGAAUGAACUUACAGAAAAGUUCUAUCCUCUCUAGUUUCGAUAAUGUUGAAAUAUGUUAUAUAAAUCAACAUUUUGGGCAACUUUUUCCUAUACAUAUAACUAGAGGUUUCGGUUAGUUUCCAAGACAUUUGUAAAAAACUGUCUACAUCACUAUAGAAUUGAUUGUAAAUAGUCUACCAAAUAUAAAAAAAAAAUCACUAUAGUAAAUUUUGUCUAUAGUUGUGUACCUGUUGCCACUUAUGCGUCAGUAUUUUAUAAACGAGGGUCAGUCAAAAUUUAAAUGCCUCGUGCACAAUUGGAUAUGAGAGGCUCCAAAAAGUAUCUGUUGUAACUUAUAACUAAAUUAAAAGCGAUAAUGAUCAAUAUAUUGGGUUUAGGUGUGAGUUUGACUUUUUAAUAUGGCCGUUACAAGAUAGCCAAACAGACAUUGCUUGGAGUCUCACAUGUCUAAUUGUAGAUAGGAAAAUUGUAUAUAGGAACAAAUUAUGCAAAAUGUUGAUUUUUAUAACAUAUUCCAAAAUCAUCGAAAUUGGAGAGGAUGGGGAACAUUUCUACAAGUUCACUACUUUUUAAUACCUGUUUAAGCAAUUGAUACAUCGCAUACGAAUCGAAUCUUCUUUCGAAACUAACAGAAGAAAUUAAAAAUUUUAAAAUACGUUAUUAGUAUGCAUUUAUUGAUAAAUUACCGUUUCUAAUAUGAUUUAAGCAUUAGUCAUAAUCAGAUAUCGUACACUUCGAAGGAUUUGGAAACAAUUCCCUAAUUUUUAUACGCCUUUUUAUAUUAAUGUUCAAUUAAUGUUUAAUAUACUUAUGAAAUCUAUUAUUUGAUUUUAAACGAUUUUAUUUAUUUUAUCAUCUCUCCAAAAUGAAGACUAUCAGGAGAAAAAUAUGCAUACUUUGUACUUCUUCAUAAAAGAUUUUAUAUAUCAUUCAUAAUGGGUUAUAUAUCAAUCCUAUAUUACCAAAAUUAUACUGUUAUUUGAUUUUAAGAUUAGACAUAUAUUUUUUUCAUUAUUAUGAUCAUUUCACAAUUAUCCAUCGCUAUAAUAUUUUGUAUGCGUUUAAUUUUUUACAAUAAUUUACGAAUCUAUGAUUUAUUUUUCGGAAGUUUAAAAGGUUGUUCUUUUUUCGAUAUCGUUGAGUCAUGUGGGCCCAUACAGUUUAAUUUAGGUAUGUGCUAGAUUACUUCGUUUUAGGAUGUUUAAUUUUAAUUUGCAUUUUAUUUUUUAUGCGAUAAAUGGUAAUUGUGAUCUUUAUAUGCAAAACACAGAAUACAAAUUAAAAUGAACCAAACUCUAAAAUUAAGUAACUUAACUUAAGCUCUUGUGGGUCAUCUACGAAUCAAGAGUUGGAGAAUUAGCAAAAGUGGACUUAUCAUGCCUUUCAUAUGUAGUCUUCAAAUGUACACGUAGAAACUGAGGAUCACAAAGCAGAUCAUGAUAAUUUUCCUUCUGUUGAUUUUCUGAUUUUGAUGACUCUUAUUUGGUAGCUAAAAGAAUGUAUUUUUAUAUACUAUAAUCAAAAAGCCAAUAACGCAAAAACCAAUAAUGCCUAUACUUGUAUAAUAUUGUGAACCUAAUCUUAUAAUCUGACAUUCAAUAUUUUUUUAAUAUUUAAGAAGCUGUAAAAACACUUAAUCGAAGAAAUAGACAAUUAGACAAUUUUGGAAUUAAUUGGUAGUGUAAUAGAAUUACAGUUGUUUGCUUUCUAAAAAGUAAAAAUGUGAUUUAACAUGGUUUUUCCCUGUAGUCUUUAUUAUAUUUAGAAUGAAAAUGUGAGUCAAAUUCCAAAUAUGUAUGUAUGGAGAUACUUCGAUACUUCGAUAUGAUAUUACGCCACACUUAGACCGACUUCAAAAAAGAAGGAAAGUAUCGUCAAUUCGAUGAGUAUAUAUAUUUUUUAAUAGUAUUAUUGUACGAAUAAAUGUGAAAUCGUAUUGAUGAGAUAUAAAGACAUGUACAGAGACAACAUGCCGUUGAUGAAUACUUUUAAUAAUGUACUUAUUAUUUGUUAAUUUAAACAACAAUAACAAACGUUUUAGAUUUAUACAAUUUAUAAAAGCAUAAUGUUUGAGUAAAAUGGGUUCGUUUAUCAAUAUUUGAUAUUCAAUACGUUAUAAGUUUGAACGCAGGAUUUAAUUCGAAUCUAAUAGGUACGAAUUUCGAAAAAUUUUAUAUAUUUAAUUACAGCCAAAGAUGCACAACGUGUUUUAAUCUCAAUUACACAACUCUACUCGUUAGAUAAGAGAACAUCAUGACGAAGCGCGGGUGUCGGUGUAAUUUAAAUUCUCUGAGGUUUACGUUUAGAAUGUAUAAAGUUUGUAUAAUAAAUUUUUUACCUUCUUCGCAAUA